UCAUUGACAAGUUGCAAAGUACAGAGCAAAGAAUUGUACGCAGUGACAGAUAAAAGUCAUAAGAAGGGGAAAAAAGAUAACUUAUUGGCAUUGUGAAACGACCUCAGUCUGCUUUCAGCUGUAUCGCAAAGCAAGAUGCUGUGGACUAGUUUGCUGGUUUUAUUAGCAAGUGUUAUUUUAGUUAACUGUAAGGAUGAUUAUCCAAAAGUAAAAACAACACUUGGAGCAAUUCGAGGAUAUUAUAAAAAGUCUGAGAAUGGUAAAUUGUACGAAGCAUAUGAAGGCAUUCCAUAUGCAUAUCCACCCAUAGGAAAAUUAAGAUUUAGACCACCUAAGAAAAUACCUGCCUGGACAGGUGAACUACAAGCAACCAAAGUUUCGGAUGCAUGUCUUCAGUACAUUCAUAUACCAGCUGUAGAAAAUGAACGAGUUGAGGGAAGUGAGGAUUGCUUAUAUUUAAAUGUUUAUGCACCGCUUCGUAAAGCAGAUACUUCACCAUUACCAGUUAUUUUGUGGAUUCAUGGUGGUUGCUUUCAAUUUGGAACUGGAAAUAUUUAUGGAUCAAGAUAUUUAGCUGAUAAAGAUGUCAUAUUUGUAAAUAUAAACUACAGAUUAGGAUCUCUAGGUUUUCUAAGUACCGAAGAUGAAGUUGUGCCAGGAAAUAUGGGACUUAAAGAUCAAAGUAUGGCUCUGCGUUGGGUUUAUGAUAACAUUGAAUAUUUUGGAGGAGAUCCAAAAAAAAUAACACUUACAGGUCUUAGUGCUGGAGGUGCUAGUGUACAUUAUCAUUAUUUGUCUCCUCUCAGUGCAGGAUUAUUCCAAAAUGGUAUCUCAUUUAGUGGCACAGCACUGUUGUGCUGGGCACAAACUGAAAAUGCGCGAGAAAAGGCUAAAAAGUUGGGUGCUUUACUAGGUUGUCCAACAGAUAAUACAAAAGAUAUGAUACAGUGUUUAAGAUAUCGUCCAGCUAGAACUGUAGUUCAAGCUACAUCUCAGUUUAUGCCAUGGCUUUACAAUCCUUACACUCCAUUUGGACCAGUUGUAGAAACAUCUGGUAAAGAUUAUUUCAUUAAUAAACCACCAGUUGAACUUAUUGCUAGUGGUGAUGUACAAGACGUUCCUUGGAUAACUGGGGUUGUAAGUGAAGAAGGACUUUAUCCAGUUGCAGAAUUCAUAACAAAUAAAAAGCAUUUAAAAGAUUUAGAUGACAAUUGGGACUUAGUGGCAAAGUAUUUGCUUGAUUAUAAUUAUACAUUACCAAAAGAUAAACAUGCUGAGGUAGCAGAGAAAAUAAAAAAGCAUUAUUUUGGGUCAAAGCCUAUUGAUAGAUUGAAUACGCGACCACUGACAUUGAUGGUUGGAGAUCGAUUAUUUUUAGUUGAUGCCGAAAAAGCAGCAAGGAAGCAAGCUAAAGUAAACAAAAGCCCUGUCUGGUUUUAUUACUAUAGUCAUAGAGCUGCAGACAGUCUGAGUGAUACAAUGAGUGGAACAAAAGAGAACUUUGGUGUUAGCCAUGGUGAUGACGCUUUUAUGGUCAUUGAAUCGCCUUAUAUAAAUCCAACAAAGACACAAGAAGAUGUUGCUUUACAAAGAGAUUUGUUGAAUUUUUGGGUCUCGGUUGCAACUAAAGGUAAACCAGAAUUGGGAACUGAAUGGACAGAAGUAAAUCCAACCAAGAAAGAACUAAAUUACUUGCAUAUAUCUGGACCAGGCAAGUAUGCGAUGGAAACAAAUGACAAUUUGGGAGAGAAAAAUCUUUGGAAUUCGAUAGAUUUCAACGAGAAUAAGUUGAAAGGAGGAUCUAAAGAAGAACUUUAAAAUUAGAAAAAAUCACUAUUAAUAACAUAUAUAUUGCCUCUCAACACAAACAUACUAGCAAAUAGCAGAGUAACAUAGGGUAUACAAAAUUGUUUAUAUGUUUACACAAUAAGUAUGAAAAAAUAAAGAUACCUCGCUGUUAAGCACGAUUUCGCAAUUAGGAUGUCUGCCAAUUUUGGUGAGUCCGGAAAAAAUGGAAUAGGUUUGCUUGUUAAUUAGCAGUGUGCCCACCUAAACAAUAACAUAGAUGGAUUAGUAUUAUUUUUUCACUGACUCCUUUGACAUCAUGAUUUCGAACUGUCAAAUAAAUAAGAUAUGGCUCCGAA